UCCAAAGGAUCAAGCCUGGUUAUAAAAAGCCAUAACCAACCUGCUGGGCUGUGCAUGGAAGCUCUGGGGCCACAAGCCUCCUGCCUGUGCAUCUGGGUGUCCGUGUGCAUCUCUGUCUUCAUCCAUGAAGAUGCUGCCCUCCUGGAUCAUCAGUCUUCUCCUGCUAGUCACAGUCAGAGGGAAAGAGAUUUGCUAUGAACCUUUUGGCUGCUUUUCUGAUGAAAAACCAUGGACUGGAAUCCUUCAGCGGCCUUUAAAGUUACUUCCCUGGUCCCCCGAGGACAUCGACGCUCACUUUCUUCUAUAUACAAAUGAGAAUCCAAAUAACUACCAACGGAUCAAUAUCACUGACCUAGCCACUGUCAAGGCUUCAAACUUCCAACUGGACCGCAAGACACGCUUCGUCAUCCAUGGCUUUCUAGAUGAUGGGGAUUCAGGCUGGCCUACUGACGUGUGCAAGAAAAUGUUUAAAGUGGAGAAGGUGAACUGCAUCUGUGUGGACUGGGAACACGGAGCAUGGACAAGAUAUACCCAAGCCGUCCAAAACACUCGGGUCGUGGGAGCAGAGAUAGCAUUCUUCAUACAAGGGCUGUCGACUGAGCUGGGCUAUGGCCCGGAGAACGUGCAUCUCAUUGGCCACAGCCUGGGUGCGCAACUGGCAGCGGAGGCCGGCAGGAGGCUGGCGGGCCGAGUGGGCAGGAUCACAGGGCUGGACCCGGCACAGCCAUGCUUCGAGGGCACGCCCGAGGAGGUUCGACUGGACCCGUCUGACGCCAUCUUUGUGGAUGUGAUUCACACGGAUUCUGCUCCCAUAAUCCCUUUCCUGGGUUUUGGAACAAUACAAAAGGUGGGCCACCUGGACUUCUACCCAAAUGGAGGAAAGGAAAUGCCUGGGUGUCAGAAAAAUAUCCUGUCAACCAUCAUAGAUAUAAAUGGAAUAUGGCAAGGAAUCCAAGACUUCAUGGCCUGCAGUCACUUAAGAAGCUACAAGUACUACUCAAGCAGUAUUCUCAACCCUGAUGGCUUCCUAGGCUACCCAUGUGCCUCCUACAAAGAGUUUCAGGAGGGUGGCUGUUUUCCUUGUCCAGAGGGAGGAUGUCCCAAAAUGGGGCACUAUGCUGACCAGUUCCAGGGGAAAAGCAGUGCGGUGGGACAAAGCUUUUUCCUGAACACUGGGAGCAGUGGUAACUUUACAAGAUGGAGAUAUAGAGUAUCCGUCACACUGGCUGGAACAAAAAAAGUGAGGGGGUACAUCAGAAUUUCUUUGUAUGGAAGUAAUGGAAACUCAAAACAAUAUCAAAUUUUCAAAGGAUCCCUCCAACCAGAUGCAAGUCAUACGCAUGACAUUGAUGUGGACCUCAAUAUUGGAAAAGUCCAGAAGGUCAAGUUCCUUUGGAACAACAAUGUGAUAAAUCUCUUCCGGCCCAAAUUAGGGGCUUCCAGAAUCACAGUGCAAGGUGGUGAAGAUAGGACUGAGUAUAAUUUUUGCAGCAACGACACGGUGCAAGAAGAUGCGUUACAAAUCCUCUACCCUUGUUAAAAAUGUGGUGCCUCCUAUAUCUUUGUGAUAAUAAAAUUUCAAUGGCCU